UUAGCUUUUGUUUAUAGAAGGGAAUAAGCCCUAGUCCUAUAUCCAAAACAAGUAAAACCUCAUACUCCAAAAAAAUGAGGUUGUUCAUUUCCCUCGUAGCCUCCAUCUUCUUCUUCAUGAUCCUUUCUAAGCUUGAGGCUCAGGAUAUUCCUUCAAGCAACCAUGGACCUCUCGUGCCUGCGGUGAUCGUGUUCGGAGACUCGAUCAUGGACCCGGGAAAUAACAACGACAUAAAGACUGUCAUCAAAUGCAAUUUUCCUCCUUACGGUUUGAAUUUCACUGGUGCCAAGCCAACGGGGAGGUUUUGCAAUGGAAAAAUCCCCACUGAUUUUAUUGCUUCUAAGCUUGGGAUUAAGGAGUACUUGCCAGCUUAUGUUGACACUAAUCUCUCCCCUGAAGACCUAAUAACAGGCGUAAGCUUCGCCUCCGGUGGCUCUGGAUACGAUCCUCUCACUUCAAAAGUUGCGUCGGUGAUAUCACUCCCUCAACAACUAGUGCUAUUCAAAGAGUACAGAGAGAAGGUGAGAGCGAUCGCCGGAGACGAGAGGGCAGCCACCAUCUUCGCCGAGAGUCUGUACGUCGUAUGCGUGGGGAGCGACGACGUGGCGAAUACGUAUUUUCCUACGCCCCUCAGGAAGACGAUGUAUGAUAUACCCUCGUAUGCAAAUUUGCUCGUAGGGUACGCUUCGGAUUUUGUACAGGAACUUAUUCAAUUAGGUGCUCAAAAGAUUGGAGUUGUGGGAAUUCCACCAAUUGGAUGCGUGCCCUCACAAAGAACCCUAAGUGGGGGGAUCUUAAGAGGUUGUGCGACUCCUCAAAAUCAAUUAGCAACUUUGUUCAAUUCAAGGUUCGAUGUGGAGCUGCAGAGAGUGAAAGCCAAAUACCCAGGGAGGCUCCUGGUCUUAGCUGACAUCUAUGGCAUCUUAUAUGACAUUAUUCAACGCCCAAAUACUUACGGGUUUGAGGUUUCGUCGAGAGGAUGUUGCGGUACUGGGAAACUGGAGGUUGCGAUAUUGUGCAAUAGUGUCACUGCAUCGGUAUGCCCGGAUGUUUCAAAGUACGUAUUUUGGGAUAGUUAUCACCCUACAGAGAAGACGUACAAGAUACUCGUAGACUACUUGUAUGAAAAAUACAUUCACUUACUGAUCUAGAUUCUGGCAUAUUACCUUGAUUUUCUUGCGUUGUGAGCUUGUAUGUCCAUGCAUCAUUAUUUCCCUUCUAUUAAAAUUUGUCUUCAUCAAGAUUAUGUACCAUCUCAAACAUGUUUCAGGAAAUGUAAUUUUUCAAAACAAUUGUUUACGAAGAUUGUUGCGUUAAA